GUGCAAUGAACAGUGUGGCCCUGGAUAUGCCAAAGUGAUUCAGAAAGGAGAAGCUCUUUGCUGCUAUGGCUGUGAUCAGUGCACGGAAGGGACCAUCUCCACUCAGGAUGAUGCAAGUCAGUGCAAUAAGUGUCCAGAAGAUCAGCAGUCAAACAAGGACCGGAAUCAAUGCAUUCCCAAGUUGAUAACCUUUCUAACUUAUGAAGAACCUUUGGGGAUCCUUCUAAUUUUCUUCACAAUAAUCUUGACCCUAAUGACAGGAACUGUUUUAGGAAUCUUCAUUAAAAACUUAAAAACUCCAGUUGUCAAAGCAAACAAUCGGGGCCUCUCGUAUGUUCUCCUCAUUUCCCUCCUGCUUUCAUUUCUCUCCUCUUUUCUAUUCAUUGGUGAGCCAACAGAGGUCACCUGCCUUCUCCGACAAACUGCCUUCAGCAUCAUCUUCUCCGUGGCUGUCUCUUCAGUGUUGGCCAAAACUGUCACUGUGGUGGUGGCCUUCAUGGCCUCCAAGCCUGGGAGCAGGAUGAGGAAAUGGCUGGGGAAGAGCUUGGCCAACUCCAUUGUCUACUUCUGUUCCACUAUUCAAGUGGGCAUCUGCACUCUCUGGCUCAGCAUCUCUCCCCCCUUCCCAGACUCUGACAUGCACUCCCAGCCUGGAGAGAUCGUACUGCAAUGUAAUGAAGGCUCUGUUGCAAUGUUUUAUGUGGCCCUUGGCUACAUGGGCUUUUUGGCCGCUGUUUGCUUCACUCUGGCUUUCCUGGCCAGGAAGCUGCCUGGGGCCUUCAAUGAAGCCAAGCUGAUCACCUUCAGCAUGUUGGUGUUCUGCAGUGUUUGGGUGUCCUUUGUGCCCACCUACCUGAGCACGAAGGGGAAAUACAUGGUGGCUGUGCAGGUCUUCUCUAUCUUAGCCUCCAGUUUGGGCUUACUGGGCUGCAUCUUUCUUCCCAAAUGCUACAUUAUUAUACUGAGGCCUCAUCUCAAUACAAAAGAACAUCUAAUGAUGAAACAUAAAG